AUGACCAAGAAGAGAAGUUGGAAAAAUGAUGAAUCUGUGGUGUUAACCGAGGAAUAUAGUGCCAUCAUCCAACACAAACUACCUCAGAAACUGAAGGACCUUGGGAGCUUCCAAAUUCCUUGUAUCAUAGGAGAAAUCACAGUGGAAAAAGCCUUAUGUGAUUUGGGAGCCAGCAUAAAUUUGAUGUCCUUAGCAAUGAUAAAGAGAAUGAAGAUUGAGGAAGCCAAACCAACAAGAAUGGCACUUCAAUUAGUAGAUCGAUCAUUCAAAUUCCCCCAUGAAGUAGUAGAAGACUUGUUGGUGAAGGUGGGAUACUUCAUCUUCCUAGCUGACUUUGUGGUGUUAAAUAUGGAGGAAGAAGCCAAAGCUUCAAUCAUCUUGGGAAGGCCGUUUCUAGCAACAGCCGGAGCCAUCAUCAAUGUCCAAAAGGGUGAACUUACCAUUAGGCUACAUGAUGAAAAAAUGGUAUUCAAUGUGUUCAAGGCCAUGAGUUACCCAUAG